UAAUCGUUUAGUCGCACUGAGGCUGAGAGGGGAAGUGAAGGCUAGCACGUGGUAAUAAUAAUUCAUCGUGUUUUGCUUUUACUUCAUGUUACUGUAGUGCCUUUGUUCCAGCUUUGUCUUGUCAGCGGUGACUUUAAAUCAGCAGCCGGAGACGACUUUCACCUCACAGCUCAAAAAGAGCUGUUUUAUCUGCCUCAUCAUGGCGGACAACGGGGACGAGGACUCUGAGUACAGAAUCAAAGUGGGAGACUGCGUCGUGUUAAAACGAGGAGAUAUCUUCAAAGCUAUGCAGAUUCAGCUCGGGAAGAAGGUGAUUUUUGAGAAACAGUGGAUCUUCUUGGACAAAGCUGUGGGUCAACUGUAUAGCACCACAUUUGAUAUUGUGUCUGGAGGAAAUCUGCUGCCACAGAAGCCAAAAAACGCAGAUGACGCUAGUGAUGCAAAGGAGGCGGGCACAGACAACAGGAAUAUUGUCGACGAUGGGAAAUCCCAGAAACUGACCAGGGAUGACAUUGAGACGCUCAAAGAGCAAGGUCUGAAGGGUCAGGAAAUCAUUCAGCAGCUUAUAGACAACAGUUCCACAUUCAGAGAUAAGACGGAGUAUGCCCAGGAUAAAUACAUCAAGAAGAAAAAAAAGAAGUAUGAAAAUACUGUGACGAUUCUCAAACCGUCCUGUCGCAUCCUGGCUAUGAUGUACCAUGGCCGGGAACCAGGCAAGAUCUGCCACCUGCGGUAUGACACACUGGCCCAGAUGUUGACUCUGGGAAAUGUCCACGCUGGCAGCAAAGUCUUGGUGUUUGAGACUUGUGCUGGUCUUGUGUUAGGAUCCGUUAUGGAGAGAAUGGGAGGUACGUUUGUCCUGUUAACUUUGCAGAGCCUUGCUGUUGCCCACUGCAUAAUUAAUCAGCCUCUCUUUCCUCUUCAUUCAGGCUACGGGUCAGUGAUUCAGAUGUACCCAGGAGGUGGUCCUGUUCGGGCGGGUAUGGAGAGCUUUGGCUUCCCCGCACAUUUCCACGAUACGCUGCAUGAGUUUCCCAUCUGCCAUGUCAACGCUCUGCUGGCAGGGACGCUGGACACCACAGACAAACACUCGAGUGCUGUUGAAAAACAGUCUGACCAGGAUAAAGAGAAGGAGCAGAACCAGCCCAAGGCAGAACAGGCUGGUGAACAGCAGGACGGUCCAGAAGAUCCGAACAUGGAGACUGUCACUGCUGAAGAAGCUCGUGUGGAGAAGGAGAAAAAAGAGAAGGAGAAACGCAAAGAAGCCAAAGCUCAGGAGAAACGGAUGAAGUUGGCAGCUGCUGUCGCUCAGCUGGAAGGCAGAAAUGCCGACGGGUUGAUAAUCGCCAGUCGCUUUCACCCGUCUUCUGUCGUAAUGGGCCUGCUCAAAUUCCUCGCUCCCUCCAGGCCUUUUGUCAUCUACUCCCAGUACAGAGAGGCUCUUAUCGAGUGUUUCACAAAGCUCAAGGAACAUGGUGGUACAGUCAACGUCAGACUCACAGACACCUGGCUCAGGCAUUAUCAGGUGUUGCCUAACAGGACCCAUCCUCUGCUGCUGAUGAGUGGGGGUGGAGGCUACCUCCUCUCAGGGACAACGGUUGCCACAGACACUGCCAAACCUUCAGGCUCACAGCGAGUUGAGGAACCAGCGGCAAAAAGACAGAAACUGACAGACACUGAGGGAUAAACAAACAAACACACGAGUACUGUGUCUUUUUAAGGGCACAUUUCAAACGGCCUGUAGGGUUUUUUCCUCCAGCGCUGACCUUCCUUCUCUGCUGAACUUUUUUGACACCACAGAGUGUCCGGUUUGUAUUCAUCAAACCUUGUGUAUUCAGAUCAGUGCAGAUGAAGGAAACAAAGCUGUUGACCUCAUUGAGCUCACUGAAAUAAUCUUUUUUUUCAGUUAAUGCUCCACAGAUUCUAGUUUAAUAUUUUUUAAUUUUGUUGUUCAUUUAGAAAGUCAUUUGUGAUGACCAAUUGGCUUCACUGUGGACAACGUCUAUCAGCAGAAUUAAAAACAAGUAUUAGAGAUGUGCUAACAUAAUUUUUUCCAUCAAUAAAAUCAUCAAAAGAU